UAAAAUUUUACACCGUUGCCACGAUUCAACUCCGUCUUGUUUAUUUUAAAGGUUACGUUUACUCUGAGUUGCGUAUGUACUUCGUAAAAGCAGAAGUAAAUAAUAUUUUGCAGUAAAUAAAGUUGUAAUACUUCAAAAUGUCUGAACGAAAAGUAUUAAAUAAAUACUAUCCACCAGACUUUGAUCCAUCAAAGAUUCCUCGUAUGAAAUUGCCCAAAAAUCGACAGUAUACUGUACGUUUGAUGGCUCCAUUUAAUAUGAGAUGUGCUACAUGUGGAGAGUAUAUUUACAAAGGGAAAAAGUUUAAUGCCAGGAAAGAAGAUGUUGAAAAUCAAGAUUAUUUAGGAAUACGAAUUUAUCGCUUCUAUAUAAAAUGUACUAGAUGUCUACAAGAAAUUUCUUUCAAAACUGAUCCAAGAAAUACUGAUUAUGAAAUUGAAGCUGGUGCAACAAGAAAUUUCAUGGCUCUAAAAUUAGCUGAGGAAUUAGCACAGAGAGAAGAAGAAGAAUUAAAAGAGGAGGAAGCUAGUAAUCCAAUGAAACUGCUUGAAAACAGGACUAAACAGUCCAAGAAUGAGAUUGAAUUGCUGGAAUCACUUGAGGAGUUAAAGGAUUUAAACAAGAGACAGCAAACAGUUGAUUAUGACACAAUGCUGUCUGCAUAUGAUGUUAAACUCAGCGAGCGUGAACGUGAGGAGCGAUUACAACAACUUGAUGAAGAAUACAUCAAGACUGUUAAGUUUCAAUCAAGUGGUAAGAGAAAAGUUGUCACUGAGGAGGAAAUCAUUGAAGAUGGCGACACCAGUGGGCCUUCAGCAAUUAAACAAAGCAAACUUGAUUCUAAAACUAAUUCUAGUAGUACAGAAAUAUUAGUAGACACAAGUACAGAUACUGCUGCUUCCUCAAGAGUUCUAACAAUGUCAGCAAAACCAAAAGCAUCUGCUGAUAAUACUUGGAAUAAAAGUAUUGGUGGAUUAGGUAAGAAAAAGUUGGUUGGGUUGGUAAAAAUUAAGUCAAAGGAAACUACAGAGGAAAAUAAGAGUUCUACAACAACAACAGAUUCAGUUAUUCCACAAAAAGCGCCAGAAACUACAGGUAAUGGUUUAUCAUUAUUAGGUGCUUACUCAGAUAGUGAUGAGAGUGAAGCAAAUGAUUGAUUAUUGACUUAUUUAUGUAAUAAUUUAGCACAAUUGUAAAAAUUGUUUUAAUUUUUCGGAUAAACCGUAAUCAAAAUUUAGGCAACCUAUUUUUGAGCUUUGUUUUUAUUUCAGUAUAUUAUAUUGUUUAUAAAUUACUUGAAUAACAGUCAAAUUCCAAUAGCGGACACAUUACAAAGUCAUUCUUCACUGCUUUCAUCCUUUAAAAAUUCGCUAUAUAUUUGUGUAUCACAGAAAUUUGACUUAAGGAAUAACUUAGUUGUAAUUGAAUUAACAUAUUAAACGAAACGCCAAACGAGUAUAA